AUGACCUUGGAUAGCCCUAACUCAAUGCACGCACCAUCAAAGGAGCACAUUAGGAAACACACAUGGUUUUGCAGCAAAGAGGGUGGAGGUCUUGCAAAAAUUCUCUCAAAUGAAGAGGAAGGUUGCAACAAGGGUUUCUUAAAUGCGCUAACAGAGGACAAGUGGCUUGCCACCCAAAAGAUAGAUCCGCCGUGCGCCGUCUACGUCUCCACCGGACAUGGCGCAUCUGACGGUCCAAGAGUGAGUUCUCCUGCCAUCAACGAGGUGGUGAAGUGGGAGGGCAAAUGCCGGACCCCAUUGCCUUCCACCGUCGCUUGUCUUGUUGUCUCCAGAAUGAAAUGA